AUGCACGCCAAGUCAAACGCCUCUCGUAGCCUCUUCGAUGUUGGUGAACAUAUCGUCCUAGUUGUCUCCCUCUGCCGAUUGCGCGAGAUCAUAGGCUCCUUCGCCACUUCAGGAAUUUAUUCCCCUCCUCCGUAUCCGCGACCCUCACCCCCAGUGCAUCCAACUUUGCAAAAUCAAGUUGCUCUCGGUGACGAAGGUCUUCAACCUUCGUCAUCAGGAGACUUUAAUGAGAUUCUGCAUGUUGAAGAUCAUAAAGGGGUGACUAGUUUGCCGGCAUCAGCAGAGGAGUUUAAGAGUUGGAUGCAUGACAUGCAGCUGUUGGAUCUACCAUUUACUGAUAGGAAGUUCACGUGGUUCAGGGGUCGGUCCUGUAGUCGGAUUGAUAGGAUUCUGGUCAGUGUCGAAUGGGUUGAGGAGUUUUCUUAUAUUCGAUUGAAAGGUGGUUCGAGGGACUUGUCAGAUCACUACCCGUUGAUUGUGGAAGACAUCAAAGGGAGAGAGGGCCCUCGACCUUUCCGAAGUCUGGAUUCCUGGUUUACGCAUGAUGGGUUCUUGAGGAUGGUAAAAUAUGAAUGGAGAAGCUUGGGCGAUAUUCAGUUCACACGUAAGUUGAAGGCAUUGAUGGUACCACUGCGGAAGUGGCACACGGAGAACUUUAGCGACAUGGAUAACAAAAUAAUGAGGUUUGAGGAUGAGAUAAAAAAGAUUGACAACCUGGUUGGUGAUGGAAACUAUGAUGGUACGACAGAGGCCAGGAGGAGAGCGUUGGUGAAAUAUUGCGAAAAGUGGUAUGUGAGGAAGGAAAUCCACUGGAAGCAGAUGUCUCGGUCCAAGCUUGCUAGAAACAUGGAUAAGAACACUAGGUACUUCCAUCAAGUGGCUUCAACUAGAAGAAGGAAUAACAGAAUUGAUGCUCUAAUGAUUCAUGGGCGGCUUGUGCGAAAUCAGAUUGAGAGACAAGAAGCUGAAGCUUUAGAGGUGUUGCCCUCUGUGGAGGAAAUUAGAGAUGCAGUGUGGAUACAAUAUGAAUUUCAUCAAGAAAUGCUGAGAGGAAAUUGGUCAAGAGUUCACUGCAGCGGUGAUGGACUUCUUCCAAAGUACUAA